AUGGAAACAGAUUCCCUCAGCACCAUCUAUGCCAGUGAGCCCCUUGGAAAGGCCUCCAGUCCAUCAGGGAAGCGUGUGGCCCCGUUUGAAGAUGCACUGGAUCGCUUAUGCCGCUGUGGCACAGUGAUUGAGCAUGGACCUGUGAACCGAAAGGACACAAUCAACAAAUUGGAAAAUGAGUUGAGAACUACAAAGAGUGAAAUGGCACGAUAUUUAAAAGAAUACCAGGACCUCCUCAAUGUGAAGAUGGCUUUGGACAUUGAGAUUGCAGCUUACAGGAAACUCUUGGAAGGUGAGGAGACCCGGCUCAGUUUCACCAGCGUGGGAAGCAUGGCCAGCGGCUACUCCCAGAGUUCCCAGGUCUUUGGCCGAUCUGCCUACGGUGGUUUACAGACCAGCUCCUACUUGAUGUCCGCCCGCUCCUUCCCUUCUUACUACACCAGCCACGUCCAGGAGGAGCAGAUCGAGGUGGAGGAGACCAUUGAGGCUGCAAAAGCUGAGGAAGCUAAGGAUGAGCCCCCCUCUGAAGGAGAAGCUGAAGAGGAGGAGAAGGAGAAGGAAGAGGCUGAGGAAGAGGAAGGAGAGGGAGAGGAAGAGGAGGAAGGUGCCAAGGAAGAAUUUGAGGAUGCAAAGGAGGAAGAAGGAGGUGAGGGUGAAGGAGAAGAUGCCCAAGAAGCUGAGGACGAGAAGAAAGAUGAAGGUGCUGGGGAGGAGCAAGCAACCAAGAAGAAUGAGCCCCCCCACCUCCACUUCCCUUAA